AUGUGGUGGGCGUUGGAGGCGUGGACGGUGCCGCUCGUCCUGGAGCACCUGCUGAAGGAGUCCUACGCCAACGUCGAGGUCGUGGAGGUGGGGCCCUGCCACAGGGUCCUCUUCGUCAUCUUGUGCGGGAUCUUGCAGGGUGACCCGCUCUCGGGGACGAUGUUCGUGAUCGGUGCGCAGCCGUUCGUGGAGGCGCACAUGCAGCAGCUUGAGGCCAAGGCCCUUGGCCUGACUCGCUGGUGUGCUGAUGACAUCCAGGCCCUGAUCUUCUGCAGGCGGGGGCUCCGCACACUGGCGAGGAUCUUCCGCCUCGCGGAGCGUCUCGCUGGCCUCCAGCUCCAGCCCAAGAAGUGCGCGGCCGUCCCGCUUUGGGCUCCGUUCUCGGCGGAGGUGGAGGUCGCGAUGAGGAAGUGCCUGGACGAGGCCUGCGGGUGGGGCUCCUUCACCGUGGCCUCGUCGGUGGAGCUGCUGGGAUGCUUGGUGGGCCCUGGUGCAUCGCUGGCGGCCCAGUGGGCUGCGCCACUCGCGCGCCUUCGUGAACGGGUCCUGGCACUGGCGGCAUCCCCGCUGGACAUGACGGCCGCCAUCUUCGAGUACGGCCGUCGAUGCCAGCCCGUCCUGGCCUACAAGGCGCAGCUCUGGCCGAUGCCGACGGAGCUGAUUGAUGAUGAGCGCUUCCUGCUGUGCCGGCUCGCGAGGUGCUCGGGAGGCUUGUUCAAGAAGAACACGUUCUUCGACUGGGAGACGCUGGGGGGUUCAAGAUGCGUGCCCACGUCGGACCUCCUGGCGGCGUCUCUCAUGCGCUCGGCCCUCUCGACGCUGGAGACAUGGCGUCGGGCCGCUGCGCGCCUGAGUGAGGCGCCCGCCCCCGCAGUCACGCUGAAGCGUGCAGAGGCGGCGGGGCGCGAGCUGCUCGAAAAGAGCGGGCUGCGCGUCAAGCUGUGGACCUCCCUGCUGGAGGCAAUUCGGCCCGACGGGCCCGUAGAGUGGCUAGGUAAGGAGAUCAGACUUUCCUGA